AUGCCUUCCUUCCACAAAGCGGCUGUAGAAGCUGGCGGAACCUGCAAUGGCAAGCCUGAGUUGAGACCAGAGUAUCAUGAGCAUUACUACGGGGCAUUUGUUUUGGAUCCAAUUGGAAAUAAUGUGGAGAUGGCCCCUUCCAACUGGCAGGAUCCUGUGUUCAGACUUUCUGUCCCCAUCGCGGGGAACAGCCAGACUGCGCCAGCCUGGUACACCAACCUCCCAGGAGCAUUCAAGAAUGAGUAUCGACGAAAGCCUCGGAAGGUGGUUGGUUCACUUCUCCAGCUCUUCCGCCAAUGCUACUGCCACCUCCACUUCAUCUUCACCUUCGGUGCCAACGCAAUCUGUGUCUCUGCUGGUGGAGGCCCUGCUGUGACUGCUGAUAAUUUCCUGGGCCUUGCUGGUGCACUACACCUUGCAGUUACCCUUUUGAUGCCUAAAUCCCCGGAAGUACCACAAUAA